UCUGAGGGGUUUACUACAAAGCAGGAUCGGUGAGUUCAGCUUGCCUAAAUAGGAAAUAUUCUGAAAUAACUUUUGUUUAUUAUUUGGAAAGAUAAGCUUGAAAUGGAAAUUGUCUUACUCAACAACCAAAAAAACAAAUAUCUAAGUUUUAGGCUUGUUAAUGACAAAAGCUGAAGAACAUACGCAGGUGCUGGAGUUGUAGGUGAAUUCACGACAAAGGAAAACGCUGCUGCUCCCAGGUGAUCUAUAUGGAUGUCUGAUGAAACGUUACAGAAAACACCUGGGAGACAAAUGUUUUCUUAAUAAACCAGGACAUCUAGUUAUUGAACUUGUUUAAUGGUCCACAGUACCCCUCAGAUAUUUUUUAUUCGUUGCCCCCUGAGGUGACUAAAACGCUUGUAAAAACUGCCUUCUUUAUGUUUCCUAAAUCUGAAAUAAAUGAUCCCAAAAUAAAAUAAUUUCAACAAACCACAAUCACCAAAAGAACUCAAAUGAAACAUAGCAUAAAUUAAAUACACAGGAACUCAAACUCAGUUCAUAGAGAAUAUUAGAAACGUUUGACAACUUUGUCUAAAUACGUUCCAAAUGAUGUCUCAUUUAUCUAUGUCGCAGUGAAAUGAUGCUUGUAAAACAGUCACCACUAACACCACAGGGGUCUACUACAAAGCAGGGUCAAUGAGUUAGCCAGCUUGCUUGCCAAAAUAUUCUGAAAUUACUUUUUAAUAAAGAUACAUUUGAAAUGGGCAUGAUACCCUGAUGAAGGCGGUGUUUAGCUAUUAAAACGUAAUAAAUGGUUGCGUCUUAGUGCAGCCAAACCAAUAACAUGAUCGUUAUGAUCAUUAUCCAGGUUUUACCAGUAGGUGGCACUAUAUUUACAUAUACUGUCGUCUAUCCACGGUGUAGCGUGAAGUUGUCCCUAGACGCUGAUCUGGGGUCAGUAUAGCAUUUCCCCUCACUAAUGGUUAAGGUUCGGAUUUGGGGAAGCUGAUCCUAGAUCUGUACCUUUUUUUAGGCGAGUUGUAUCAACACUUCUCUGAAUCAUCUCUAGGUUAACAUUUCACAUGAAGUGAACCCGCUAUAAGUGUUACACACUAUUAAACCUAUAGGGCCCCACUGCAUUUUACUUCAUCUGAGCGGCAGACAAUCUGAAUUUGUGCCCUGUUAAAUACUGUCGUUGGUAAAAGCCAAGGAAUGCAUACACAUGGUCCAGAAACCCUCAUUUAUCAGUAUAAUUAGCCUAUUCUUUUAGGGGGGAAAUGGAACAGGUGCAUGAACGACGAUCAAAGAUGUGAUUUAAAAACAGAAGUGUGUGUGUGUUGUCCCCCACCUGUCCGCCAGGGGACCGGUUUCCCCGUACCAUUCCGUUCGCUCCGUCUCCAGGCUAAUCUCUCAGUAGACGUCAGGAAUGGCCGACCAGGACAGCAGCAACGCAUCUCCAGAGACACAAGUCUCUGACUCUCAGACCAAAGCAGAGGAGAGGAGAUGGUCCAGUCAGACCCAGUCCUCCACUCCAACCGUAACACUUUCACCUACUCCUAGCAACAAUGCUGCUAACAAACCAGAGCCGUUGGUCCUCAAGAUCGACGAGCGACAGAGACUGGCCCGGGAGCGUCGAGAGGAGAGGGAGAAACAGAAUGCUGCCAGGGAGGCUGCGUGGCAGGAGAGGGAGGAGAGGUCCAGACACCACUAUGACAAACACCUGGAGGAGAGGAGGAGGAAGAUGGAGGAACAGAGGAUGAAGGAGGACAGGAGACGAUCCGCGGUGGAGGAGAAGAGAAAACACAACCUGGAGGAGGAGAAGGCCCGUCAUGAGGCGGUGAUGCGUCGGACGGUGGAGAGAAGUCAGAGAGUCAAACACACACCCAACCGCUGGUCCUGGGGAGAAGCCCUGCCUGGAAACGCACCCACCACGCCGGGGGAUGCUGACAGGCGGUCUGUGUCGACCAUGAACCUUUCCAAACAUGUAGCUGAUCCAGUUAUAACCAAGAGACUGUCCUACUCCUCUGCCACACUCUUACAUUCUCCAGACAGAGUGUUACAGAAAAGGACGUCCUCUUCGCCCUUACUUAACAAAUCACAGUCCAAACUCCGCCUACCAGGGGGAAAGACCGCCCACUACAAACCCCAAGGCAUGCGCUGUAUGCCGUUGACCCCGUGGGAGAACACAGUGGUCAAUCGUCUGCUACAGCCCACACACUCCUAUCUGGCACGCAGCCGCAGCGCCAUGAGCCUGUCUGGGGACACAGGAGCCAUGCCUGUAUGUCCUCGCUCAAUGUCCUGCCACCCCAUGGGAUCUAUGUCCUUCAAGUCCAUCCAGUCCCAGCCUCUGACCGUCUGCCGCAGUCAAGAGCCACGCCUCCCCAGGGACAUGACCAAUCGCAGAAGGACCACCGGCAACGCACCGGAUAAGCAGAAGGACUUUGUCAGGAGGUCUUGGAGCAACCUCUCCCUGCCUCUGACCACACCUCCUCUGACCACACCUCCUCUGACCACGCCUACUGCCAAGAGGUUCCGGUCACCAGGGAAACAGCAGAGUAGAGUGACAGCGCCCUCACCUGGCAGACCCCCCCAGAAGCUGUCCCUUCCUCCCUCCAGACCCCCCCAGAAGCUGUCCCCUCGCCCCUCCACCCCCAAGCAGCUACGGUCUCCUAGUGGAGAGGACUUGGGGAACCUCAGGCCCAGUAGGACAGUGCCAGAGAGCCUGUCUCUGAUUGGACUACAGGCAGGAGGACCUGAGGGAGACCAGGGGACUAUGACCCCCUCCCAGCCCCGCCCACAGAGCCUGGGCCAACCCAAAGCCAGCCCCAGCACAGACACGGAAGACACACUGUCAGCAGUCAGUGAGAGUGUUGGCAGCUCCCCGGCCCAUAAGCCUACUACAGGCACCACAGACCCAGAGGAGGCCACGCGGGUCCUGGCAGAGAAACGCAGACGAGCCCGAGAACAGAGGGAGAGAGGGGAGGAGAGGAGAGGUAUACAGGAGGAGGCAGAGAGGUGUGGUAAGGCUGAGGAGAGACAGAGGAGAGAGGAGGAGGAGGAGAGAAGGAGGAAGGAGGAGGAGGAGGAGAGAGCCCAGCAGGAGAGAGAGGAGGCAGAGAGACAGCAGAAACAGAGAGAGGAGGAGGAGUGUCGUCAGAGGGAGGAUGCAGACAGACUGAGGAAGGAGAGAGAGAAACAUUUUCAGAAAGAAGAGGCUGACAGGUUGGAGAGGAAGAAGCGGCUGGAGGAGAUCAUGAAGAGGACCCGGCGCUCAGACCCAGUGGAGAAGAAAACCACUCCUCAAAAGAACGUAGACGAAUCAGCGUCGAACUGUGAUUCUCCGGGCCCCUCAGUGAGCAUGUCAGGGGCCGAGCACAGCGACCACAACGGCCAUGGAGCCUCCAGCCUCAACACUGACCCCAGCCUCAACACUGACCCCAGCCUCAACACUGACCCCAGCCUCAACACUGACCCCAGCCUCAACACUGACCCCAGCACAGCACUGCUGCCACCUGUUGACGAGAGGGAGAACGGGUUGUUUGAAGAGGUGAUUGUUCUCCCUGCUGACUCCAGACUUCCUCCUGGUGAAGAAGAGGAGGAGGAGAAGCAUGUACCUGUCAUUGCGUUCCAGGAGAACGGGAUCGUAAAGCCGCUGAGUGAAGGAGUAGAUGACCCUCCAACACAACACACAGCAGAUGUUGUCUGAUGGCUGGAAAACAGGAGAUGGUGAGAGAGAGAUGAAGGUGUAAAAGGAGUGAUAGUGGAUGAAGGAGGAGAGGUAGAGCCAUGGACAGGGCCUCCUGGUGUCCUGGUUUCUCCCCGUGUUACCACAGUAACAGUGUGUCACUCUUCCAGAAUCGCCUUCCAACGCUGCCCUCCUCCAAAGACUUCUCACAGCAUCUUCUGGCCUGUUCCCAACUCAAUGCUGCCCUCCUUCUCAAGACUUCUCACAGCAUCUUCUAGCCUGGAGAGAAUCUGUUCCCAGCUCAAUGCUGCCCUCCUUCUCAAGACUUCUCACAGCAUCUUCUGGCCUGGAGAGAAUCUGUUCCCAACUCAAUGCUGCCCUCCUUCUCAAGACUUCUCACAGCAUCUUCUAGCCUGGCGAGAAUCUGUUCUCCUCCUAUUGAGUCUCACCUAAAUGAAUGUGUGGGUGGGUCCUAACAUUGUGACUGUCAUGGGGUAGGUGGGGGUGGAUGGUGAGGAGGUAAACCUAGAGGUUUCUACAGGGGUGGAAGGUGAGGAG